UAAAAAACGGCUAUUAUUUAGCAUAAAAUAUUGUCUCAUACGAUCAUAUUGCCCACGAUUGUGAAAUCUUUUACUAGAUGUUAUUAUGUCAAAGGUUACAUUUAAAAUUACCUUGACAUCAGAUCCUAAAUUGCCAUACAAAGUAUUAAGUGUUCCCGAAAAUACCCCUUUCAUACAAGUUAUCAAAUAUGCAGCUGAAGAAUUUAAGAUUGAUCCUAACACAAGUGCAAUCAUAAGUAAUGAUGGAAUUGGAAUAACACCAUCUUCUACUGCAGGAACUAUAUUUCUCAAAUAUGGAUCUGAAUUGCGAAUCAUUCCACGAGAUAGAGUUGGCUAGGCUAUUUAUGAAUUUUCUCAUUAAUUUAUUUUAAUACAUGUUGGCAAUUUGUUAAAAUUUUUUGAGAAACAAUAAAAAAACUUGCAUGUUUAAUAUUAA